UAAGGAGAUGUCCGCGAUGUACGGAUGGAUGCCAUGCUUGCGUAGUUGCGUAGCGUAUGCAGAGUUUUUUGGGCAGGAGAUCCCGUCGGCCGUCAGUCAACUCCGAUCCGGUUUCGGACCAUUGCUCUAGCAGACACCACAGUACCACACAAGCCCAGCAAGAGGUUUGUUCUUGUCUUGUAACCUGUUAAGGGGUCCGAGUUGAAACAGCCAUGGCGUUGAGAAUGACUUCGAGGAAUACGGGGAGUAUGCUCUCCUUCGUGCUCUCUCGAAUUUCUCUUCUGCACUCUCAUGCCACCAGCUUUGGAUUCAAGGAGGUAAAGGAAGAAGAAAAGAGUAAAUUGGUCGGUAAUGUUUUCAGCAGUGUUGCUCAAAACUAUGAUCUGAUGAAUGAUUUAAUGAGUGCUGGAUUACAUAGAUUAUGGAAAGAUAGGUUGGUUUCCAAACUCAGUCCAUUUCCUGGAAUUAAGCAUCUAGAUGUUGCUGGUGGGACAGGGGAUGUUGCAUUCAGGAUUAUUGACACUAUUAACAGUGCCACUAGAACAACCAUUCAGGAUGGUCUUGAAGAUGAACAACAGAAUGAAACUCGAGUUUAUGUAUGUGACAUCAAUCCAAACAUGCUUAAUGUUGGAAAAAAGAGGGCUAUAGAGAGAGGGCUUGGAGAAGACCCGUCCCUUGUAUGGGUGGAAGGAAAUGCAGAAGCCUUGAAUUUUAAAGAUGAUUCAAUGGAUGGUUAUACAAUUGCUUUUGGGAUUAGGAAUGUCACACACAUAGAUAAAGCUCUUGCUGAAGCAUACAGAGUACUAAAACGAGGAGGAAGAUUCCUUUGCCUUGAGCUGAGUCAUGUGGACAUGCCUAUCUUUAAAGAGUUGUAUGAUUACUACUCAUUUUCGUUAAUUCCAGCAAUAGGAGAGCUUGUUGCAGGUGAUCGAGCGUCUUACCAGUACUUGGUUGAGAGCAUCCGCCGGUUUCCUUCCCAGGCAACGUUUGCUUCAAUGAUUGCAGAAGCUGGGUUUCAGAAAGUUGAAUAUGAAAAUCUUGUAGGAGGUGUUGUUGCCAUCCAUUCUGGAUUGAAAUUUUAGUGGUGUCAAGUUCUACAAAGGCUUGCCCUCUAUCCGACUUGUUUAUAUCUGUCUGCUGAUUUCCAGCACAAGAAGUUUUAGUUGACAAAGGAGUAUUAAUUGGUUUUCCAUUUUCUAAUACUUCAACUCCUGUUGACAUAAUAGCAAUUUAUUUAUGUAUAUACCCGUUUGAAUUAUUUAGGUUAGACGAGUCAUUAUCUUGUAUUUAA